GGCUGAGGAGCCUGAGGCGGUGGCGGGGGCGGCUCCGCGCGCGGUGGGCUGGGGGUCAGAGAAACAUGGCAGCAAGGAGAAUUGCACAGGAGACUUUUGAUGCUGUAUUGCAGGAAAAAGCUAACCGAUAUAUGGACCCCAGUGGUGAGGCUGUAGGUGAAACUCUUCAGUUUAAAGCUCAAGAUCUUCUAAGGACAGUCCCAAGAGCCAGAGCAGAUAUGUUUGAUGACAUUCACAGUGACAGCAGGUACACUCUGGGUGCAUCUGUAACUCAUCCUCGAGACACUGGGAGAGAAGGCCUGAGAGGUGAUAUAUUUCCAGGACCUUCCUUCAGGUCAAGCAACCCUUCUGUAAGUGAAGACAGCUACUUUCGCAAAGAAUGUAGCCGGGAUCUGGAAUUUUCCCACCCUAACUCCCGAGACCAGGUCUUUGGCCACCGGAAACUGGGACAUUUCCGUUCUCAGGACUGGAAGUUUGCACUCCAUGGCUCUUGGGAACAAGACUUUGCCCACUCAGUUUCUCAAGAACCCUCUUGGUCACAGGAGUGUAGUUUUGGCCCUUCUUCGUUACUGGGGAGCUUUGGCUCCUCCAGGCUGAUUGAGAAAGAGUGCUUGGAGAAAGAGAGUCGUGAUUAUGACGUGGACCGUCCAGGGGAGGCAGACUCUGUGCUCAGGGGCAGCAGCCAAGCCCAGGGCAGAGGCCGAGGCCUGAGCCUUGCCGACCAGGAGGGUGCUCUCUUGGGAAAGGGGGAGACUCAAGGCCUGCUCACUUCUAAAGCGGGGGUUGGGAAACUUGUCAUGCUGAGAAACGUGAGCACGAAAAAGGUACCCACUAUGAGUCGUAUCACUCCCAAAACUCAGGGCACUAACCAAAUCCAGAAAACCACUUCAAGUCCUGAUGUGACCCUGGCGACGAACCCAGGGACAGAAGAGGUCCAGUUCCCUACCCGGAAAGUCCCUCUGGGGCUUGAUCUGAAGGAUGUCCGGCUCCCCAGGAGAAAGAUGAGCUUCGACAUCAUAGAUAAGUCGGAUGUCUUCUCGAGAUUUGGGAUAGAAAUAAUCAAGUGGGCAGGAUUCCACACCAUAAAAGAUGAUGUUAAAUUUUCCCAGCUUUUCCAGACUCUCUUUGAACUUGAAACAGAAACCUGUGCUAAAAUGCUCGCCUCAUUCAAAUGCUCAUUAAAACCAGAGCACAGAGAUUUUUGCUUUUUUACUAUCAAAUUUUUAAAGCACUCUGCUUUGAAAACACCCAGAGUUGAUAACGAGUUUUUAAACAUGCUUUUAGACAAAGGUGCUGUGAAGACCAAAAAUUGCUUUUUUGAAAUCAUAAAGCCCUUUGAUAAAUACAUAAUGAGACUACAAGACCGGCUGCUGAAGAGUGUCACACCCCUGCUCAUGGCCUGCAAUGCCUACGAGCUGAGUGUGAAGAUGAAGACCCUCACUAACCCCCUGGACUUGGCUAUUGCCCUGGAGACCACCAAUUCUCUCUGCCGGAAGUCUUUAGCUCUUCUGGGACAGACAUUCUCCUUGGCCUCUUCCUUCCGGCAAGAGAAAAUCCUGGAAGCCGUCGGCCUCCAAGAUAUAGCUCCAUCUCCUGCCGCAUUUCCAAACUUCGAGGACUCUACUCUGUUUGGGAGAGAGUACAUCGAUCACCUGAAGGCCUGGCUGGUCAGCAGUGGGUGUCCACUCCAGGUCAAGAAAGCUGAAUCCGAGCCAACCCGAGAUGAGGAGAAAGCUGUUCCUCCUACAAAACCUGAAAUUCAGGCCAAGGCUCUGAGUGGUCUGAGUGAUGGCCCCAUGCGGUCCAGUAUGUUUCUCAGAGAAGACCUUCUGUGUGUUCCAGAGGUGCCCCAGCGAGCAGAUCACAAGGUGGCGGACAUCAUUGACCAGCUGGUCGCACGCGUCAUUGGAGGCAACCUGUCUCCCAGAGAGAGAGCUCUUCUCAAGGAGGACCCUGCUUACUGGUUUUUGUCUGAUGACAGUAGUCUGGAGUAUAAAUAUUACAAGCUGAAGCUGGCAGAAAUGCAGCGGAUGAGCCAGACCUUGUCAGGAGCAGAUCAGAAGCCAGUGGCAGCAGAGUGUGCGGUCCGGGCUAUGCUGUAUGCCCGGGCGGUCCGGAGCCUCAAGAGGAGGCUGCUACCAGGGCGGCGGCGGGGGCACCUUCGAACUCAAGGGCUCCGGGGCUGGAAAGUGAGGAGAGCCACCACCGGGACCCAGACCCUACUCUCCUCAGGCACCAGGCUGAAACACCAUGGCCGGCAGGCUCCGGGCUCCCUGCAGGGCAAGCCACCCCAGCCAGACAGAAGUGAUGCUGCCAAGGACUGCCCCCCAGAGCUGGCUGGACCCUCACCUCGGGACCCCAGCCCUGAAGCCUCCGGCCCAUCCCCCAAACCAGCAGGCUUGGAUGUCUCCGAAGCCCCUCAGACCUCUUCUCCCUGCCCGUCUAUUGAUGUUGAUACGAAGACAAUGGAGACUGCAGAGAAACUGGCCAAAUUUGUUGCUCAGGUGGGACCAGAGAUUGAACAGUUCAGCAUAGAAAACAGCAUUGACAACCCUGACCUGUGGUUUCUACAUGACCAAAAUAGCUCAGCUUUCAAAUUCUAUCGAAAAAAGGUAUUUGAACUGUGCCCGUCGAUUUGCUUUGCGUCAUCUCCACUGACCCUCCACGCCAGUGAGAGUGCCGAUUCUCAGGAGAGCCCCCUGGAGCCCAUGGAAGGAGAAGGAGAGUUUGAGGACGAGCCCUCUCAGCAUGAGGCUGAGCUGGAGAGCCCAGAGGUGAUGCCUGAGGAGGAGGAGGAGGAGGACGAAGAGGAGGACGAGGAAGGGGGUGAGGAGGCCGCCCCUCCUGAAGGGGCCUCCAGGCCGGCAGAAGGGUCCAAGUCUGAGGGCUCGGAGGGCAGCCCCCCAGCUGAUGGCCUCCUGAGCGAGGUGGCCGAGGACAGCCCGGCUGGCGGGCCUGCCCUGUCCCAGGCCUCCUCAGGGGCCUGCUUCCCCCGGAAGAGGAUCAGCAGCAAGUCACUGAAGGUCGGCAUGAUCCCAGCUCCCAAGAGGCUGUGUCUCAUCCAGGAGCCCAAGGUUCACGAACCAGUUCGAAUUGCCUAUGACAGGCCUCGGGGUCGCCCCGUGUCCAAGAAGAAGAAACCCAAGGACUUUGACUUUGCCCAGCAGAAGCUGACCGACAAGAACCUGGGGUUCCAGAUGCUACAGAAGAUGGGCUGGAAGGAGGGCCACGGCCUGGGCUCCUGUGGGAAGGGCAUCAGGGAGCCGGUCAGCGUGGGAAGCGCGUCGGAAGGGGAGGGGCUGGGUGCCGACGGGCAGGAGCACAAAGAAGACACGUUUGACGUGUUCCGUCAGAGGAUGAUGCAGAUGUACAGACACAGACGGGCCAGCAAAUAGGGCUGAUUGGAACCUGAACAUAACAUUACCAGUGUG